AUGGCGCCGCUGCAACGUGAAAACGAGCAGGACGAUCCUGAGGAGGCCAAGGGAUGUGUCGUGGACGAGUACGAAGGACUGGAGCACAUUGUAGUACCAUCGAGUGGCUCCGAGGGGUUCGAUAUCCGCUGCUUCAAGCAGACGGAGAUUAUCCUCGAAAACACGGCUACCGGCCAUCAGAGGACUUUCCCGAAGCUGUUCAUAUCGAUCGAACCGCAUCUGUCUAUCAUUCUUAACAUCCUCGAACGCGAGUGGGUGGCCCACCUGCUCCAGAUGAGCGAGUCGCGCUGGGUCAGCAGCCAGACCUCGAGGGGACUUGCCUCAGCACCACCGGACGAGUACAGUACUCAAGUCAGCCGCACAAGGCGCAGCCAAAGCGCCGUGUUCGGAUACGGCGAAACGCCAACCAUUGCAGAAAUCGAGCAGCGAGUAGCGCUUAUCGCACGCGUGGACGUGAAACACUUGGAGCGAUUGGUCAUGGUCAAGUACCAUCCGGGCGACUACUUCAAGGAGCACCACGACGGGCCAUUCCGGUCUCACACCAUACUUAUAUACCUUAACGAUGUGGAAGGCGGCGAGACUGUUUUCCCAAGCCUCAACCUGGCCGUCAAACCGAUAGGAAACAGUGGGCUUUACUGGAGAAACACCACCGAGGACGGACGAGCAGAUUUCCGCAUGGUACACGCCGGCACCAGCCCGAAAAUGGGCACCAAAUAUGUCGUCAACUGCUUCUUCAACUUCGCGGCGGUACGCGAUCAGUAG